CCUUCUCUGCCAGGCUGCUUUCUGCAACAGGCGUGGGUCACGCUCUCGUUCGGUCUCUUUCUGCCGCCAUCUUGGUUCCGCGUUCCCUUCACAAAAUGCCCGGUGAAGCCACAGAAACCGUCCCUGCUACAGAGCAGGAGUUGCCACAGCCCCAGGCUGAGACAGCUGUGCUUCCUGUGUCUUCAGCCUUAAGUGUUACUGCUGCCUUAGGGCAGCCUGGACCUACCCUUCCCCCUCCUUGCUCUCUGCCCCCCGAACAGUGCUCUCUGGCAACCUGCCAACCUGCCCCAUUCCUCUCUCCCUCUACUGUUACCUCAACCCCUUUUGAAGCUCCUUUUCCCCAGUCAUCUUCUGGGACAACCCUGCCUUUGGAAGCAGCCCCUUCCCUCCAUGACACCCCAGCUUUCCUACCAAACUUAAUAGGGCCUCCCAUCUCCCCAGCUGCCUUAGCUCUCGCCUCUCCCAUGAUAAGUACAACUCUGAAAGGUGCCCAUUCCUCCUCAGCUCCCUUGACUCUGGUGGCCUUGGCUCCCCACUCAGUUCAGAAGAGCUCUGUUUAUCCACCUAACCCUCCUAGUUCACCUCCUUCAGUUGCUUUGGCUGAGUCAGGGUCAUUGACACCUCUGUCAGCUCCCAGUGCUUCAUCAGAACCAAAGACCCCACUUACUCAAGCACCUUCCCAAGUAGUCCAUGAUCCAAAAGUUACCCCCAUCCCUCCAUAUACAGCCAGUGCUGUUCCUUCCCAUCUUGUGACUCCCCUGGCCUCUGCUCAAUCUGGAGUAGGCUUAUGUGCUCAGACAUCACCCCCUACUCCCCUAGCCAUGCCUUCCCCUCAGGUCAAAGGUAUUUCUAUUUCCUCAGCUCUGACUUCUCCACAAAACUCUGUAAGCCUCAGCCUAAAGGGACCCCUUAGUCCACCUGCUGCCUUACCUCUUUCAACCCAAUCUGUGCCUGUGGCUCCCAGUGUCCCCCCAGUUUUCCUCACCUCUGUGGGCUCUCAUCUUGUACCUUCACAGCAGAGUUGUGUUGGCUCUCCUGUGCAACCUGUAGGUCAAACAGGUCCCAAUAUCCUUUCAGACCCUAUAGUGGAUACCACUUCUAUAGAUCAUUCUUCUUUGAGGGCCUCUUACCCUUCUCAGCAGUCUGUAGUUUCUCCCCUUCCUUCCAGAAGUGAGGUGGUUCCUGCUGCUGUGGCUGCUUUUCCAGUGGGGGCUUCAGCUUCCCCUCUGGCUCUAUCUGUUGAGAAAGGACCUUCUGCCACCACUAGUGUGUCCUCCAGGAGCCCUUAUUGUUCCUCAAAUGCAGCUGCCUCCUCUUCCUUAUCUUCUACUGCCUCUCUCAGUCUCAAAGGCUCUUCUAAUACCACUCAUCAGCAGCCUUUGUUGGCCCAGAUUCCUCCUGCUUCUCCAGGAAGUCCAAGCUUGAAAGAAGCCCCUGUUUUUUCUGUUGGAACCACCUCACUUGUGAUGACUAACCCCUCCUCAAUUUCUGCAACAACUACCACCUUUGGGGUAGCUACUUGUGUCUCUCCUCCCAUUUCCUCAGGUCCUGUAAGUAGUAAGAACUCAGCUUCCCAUACUGCCUUGGCUAUGGCACCUGUGGCUCCCAAAGAGCCUCCUACUCCUCAGGUAACAACCACUCCUCUGUCAGCCCCUGAGGACCCCAGAAGUCUCCCUGCUUCGGUAUUGGUAAAGUCCCCAACCCAAAAAGAUCUACAAACUGAACCUGCCUCUCCUGUAGGAGUCCCUAUUUCAUCAGCCCAGGCAGGACUCCCUGCCAAGAAAGACCCUACUCUACUAUCAUUGACCCUGGCAGCCCCUCAGAAUCCCCCCUCUCCCCAAAGUACAUCUUCUCUGGAGGUAUCUCUUUGUCCAGGAGACACCUUAGCAAGCAAAAGCAUAGUAGAGCCUCUGCAGGUAGUUAAGCCAGAUGCUGCUGCUUCCCCCACUCUGGGUGUUAUUUCCCCAGCCUCUAUAAUCAAGACAGAUGCUUAUGCAAGCCCAGACCACGCUAGUCUGCUUGUCAAAAGUUCUCUUACUACAGCUAUAGCUACAUUUUCUUCAGAAAGUGCUGCCACUUCUGGGGUGGCUCCUACAACAACCAAAGGAAUCUCCACUCCUGCAACUACAGCCAGCUCUUUUCUAGAAGGAACUGUCUCUGUAACUCCUAAAAGCCACUCAGCCAAGGAGGGUACUUCCAUUCUUACUACUUUACCUUUGGUUUCUCCCACCUCUGAAAGUUGCUCUGUGUCACCAGCUAUGACUUUAUCCCCACAGAAUGUUUCUGCUUCUCCAGUUCCUGUGGCGCUGGCUUCUGAAAUUUCCAAAUCAGAACCCUUUCCCUCUCUUCCCUCAGCUGGUACUAAAGUUGGAAAGAAAGUUCAUGGUAUUUCUCAGACCUCAAUAUUGGCACCUGUGGCUUCUCCUGAAGGAUGCCCAACUGAGGACUCUGGUGUUUCUGUUACUUCUUCCAAAGGAACUUACCUGGCCGACUCCCCAUCUCCUUUGGUGACUAAUGUGUCUCCUCAGACUAAAAGACCUCCAACCAAGAAGGGUUCAGCUACUUCUACUGCCUUAACUCUUGCUCCUUCUAUUUCUAAAAGUGUACCUGGUCUCUCUGAUACUCCUUUUGGAAAUCUCUCAUCUCCUGUUUCUCCAAUUGAAGCUUCCUUUCUUCCAGAGGCCAAUUUUUCUUUUCAAGUCCCUGAAGGAUCACUAGCCAAGAAGCAUGCCCCCACUCCCUCAUCCCUGAAAGACGCCCCCACUUCCCCAGCUGUGGCCUUUCCCUCUCCUAAAGGGUGGCCAGCAACCCCAUCCCCCAAAGGAGCCCUGGCUACCCCACCUCCCAAAGAGGCCUCUCCUCCCUCAACUAUGGCUCCUGCAUCCCAAAAAGGGGACCCAGCAACCUCAUCCCCUAAAGAGAACUCCAAACCCCCAACUAUGGCUCUGUCCUCACCCAAAGGGGCCCCUACUUCCCCAGCUGUGGCCCUUUCCCCCAAAGGAACCUCAGCAACUUCAUCCCCCAGCGAAUCCCCAGCUGCCCCACUUACCAAAGGGACCUCAGCAACUCCUCCCAAAGGCACAGUGGCAACACCAUCCCCUAAAGAGUCUUUAGUGGCUCCAGCGAUUCCGUCCCCCAAAAAAGCCCCCGGAACCCCACCCUCCAAAGGGGUCCCUACUCCCUCAGCUGUGGUUUCUCCUUCCCACAAAGAAUCUUCAGCCCCCAAAGAAGCCUCAGAAACUUCAUCUCCCAAAAGAGCCCUGGCUACCCCAGCCCCCAAAGGGAUCCCAGCAACUCCAUCCCCCAAAAAGCCAUCAGCUACCCCAGCCCCCAGAGGGGCCCCUAUUCCCUCAGCUGUAACUCCUCUCUCCCCCAAAGAGGCCUCAACAAUUUCAUCCCCCAAAGGAGCCCCAGCAACUCCAUCCCCUAAAAGAUCCCCAGCUACAAUUUUGUCCCCUAAAGAGACCUCCACUCCCUCAGCUUCUCCAUCCCCCAAAGAGCUUUCAGCUGCUCCAGCCCCCAAAAGGGCCCCAGCUACCCCAACCCCCAAAGGGGCCCCUGCAACUCCAGCCCCCAAAGAGCCUUCAGCUACCCCAGCCCCCAAAGGGGCCCCUGCAACUCCAGCCCCCAAAGAGCCUUCACCUACCCCAGCCCCCAAAGGGGCCCCUGCAACUCCAGCCCCCAAAGAGCCUUCAGCUACCCCAGCCCCCAAAGGGGCCCCUGCAACUCCAGCCCCCAAAGAGCCUUCAGCUACCCCAGCCCCCAAAGGGGCCCCUGCAACUCCAGCCCCCAAAGAGCCUUCAGCUACCCCAGCCCCCAAAGGGGCCCCUGCAACUCCAGCCCCCAAAGAGCCUUCAGCUACCCCAGCCCCCAAAGGGGCCCCUGCAACUCCAGCCCCCAAAGAGCCUUCACCUACCCCAGCCCCCAAAGGGGCCCCUGCAACUCCAGCCCCCAAAGAGCCUUCAGCUACCCCAGCCCCCAAAGGGGCCCCUGCAACUCCAGCCCCCAAAGAGCCUUCAGCUACCCCAGCCCCCAAAGGGGCCCCUGCAACUCCAGCCCCCAAAGAGCCCUCACCUACCCCAGCCCCCAAAGGGGCCCCUGCAACUCUAUCCCCCAAAGAGCCCUCAGCUAAAACUCCAGCCCCCAAAGGAGCCCCAGCUAAAACUCUAGCCCCCAAAGGGGCCCUAGGUAAAACUCCAGCCCCCAAAGAGCCCUCAGUUACCCCAGCCCCCAAAGGAGCCCCAGCUAAAACUCCAGCCCCCAAAGAGCCCUCAGCUACCCCAGCCCCCAAAGGAGCCCCAGCUAAAAUCCCAUCCCCCAAAGAGCCCUCAGCUACCCUAGCCCCCAAAGGGGCCCCAACAACUUUAUCUCCCCCAAAAGUCCCAGGAACCCCAUCCACCAAAGGGGGCCCAACAAUCCCAUCCCUCAAAGACUCCCCUACUUCCCCAGUUUCUGUCACAUAUCCCUUGGGAUCCAUUGCCCCUCAGGCACCUGGAGGGCCCCCAAUAACAGAAGGUUCCACAGCUCUCAAAGCAGUACAUGUUCCAGCUCCCACUCAGAAAGGUCCCCCAGCCAAGAAGAGUUCACCUCCUGUGUGCCCUGAUUCCUCAGCUAAGAAUGGUGCUAAAGGACCUCUUUCUACAGUGGCUCUAACCCCUCUACUGACAGUCUCCACUCAGAAAGGCACAUCUGCAAAGGCUCCAAAAGCCCUCCCUGUUUCUCCCUUAAAGGGCAAAGAUUCUUUUCAUUCUCCAAAGGGUCUUUUGGCUCCUCAUCCUAAGUCUGAGACAUCUGCACAUCUAGCAACAGCUGCCUCUGAGAAGGUCCUUCCUAAAGCUGGGGCAGCAUCUGUCUGUCCAGAACCUACCCCAUCAGUCUCUCUGCCUCUUGCUUCUUCCCCAGUUCCCCCUCUGCUUCCUAAACAGCAACCUCUGCCGUCCUCACCUGGGCUGGUGCUGGAAUCACCCCGUAAGCCCUCAGCCCCUGCUGAUGAGGAUGAGCUGCCGCCUCUGAUUCCCCCGGAACCAAUCUCGGGGGGAGUACCUUUCCAGUCGGUCCUCGUCAACAUGCCCACCCCCAAACCUGCUGGGAUCCCUGCCCCAACCCCCUCUGCCAAGCAGCCUGUUCUGAAGAACAACAAGGGGUCUGGAACAGAAUCUGACAGUGAUGAAUCAGUACCAGAGCUCGAGGAACAAGAUUCCACACAGGCAACCACACAACAAGCUCAGCUGGCAGCGGCAGCUGAAAUUGAUGAAGAACCAGUCAGUAAAGCAAAACAGAGCCGAAGUGAAAAGAAGGCACGGAAGGCUAUGUCCAAGCUGGGUCUUCGACAGGUAACAGGAGUGACUAGGGUCACUAUCCGGAAAUCUAAGAAUAUCCUUUUUGUCAUCACAAAACCAGAUGUCUACAAGAGCCCAGCUUCAGAUACCUACAUAGUUUUUGGGGAAGCCAAGAUCGAGGAUUUAUCUCAGCAGGCACAACUAGCAGCUGCUGAGAAAUUCAAAGUUCAAGGUGAAGCUGUCUCAAACAUUCAAGAAAACACACAGACUCCAACUGUACAAGAGGAAAGUGAAGAGGAAGAGGUUGAUGAAACAGGUGUGGAAGUUAAGGACAUAGAAUUGGUCAUGUCACAAGCAAAUGUGUCAAGAGCAAAGGCAGUCCGAGCCCUGAAGAACAACAGUAAUGAUAUUGUAAAUGCUAUUAUGGAAUUAACGAUGUAACCAUCUGAAAGGAGGGCCCCGGGACCCCCCCCCCUUUUUUUCUUUUUCUUUUCUUUUUUUUUUUGGGGUGUUUUGAGAGUUAUUGCAGCUUGGUUUGAAAUUUGUACUGUUUCUAUCAUUAAUAAAGUUACAGCUUCUUGUGGGAUGAACUCAGUGGAUGCUUGAUCU